UUUUUUUCUCUUUUGUCCUGCGUGGUGCUUGGAGAUUGUGCAUUCUGUGUUUCGUGCUGCAGCUGGUAUCGAUCGUUUGCGGAACAGCACCUGCCAUUUGACGACGUUUGGGAUCGUCGUGGAGUUUGUCGAUCAUGUGGGGGGCUUCUAUCUUGCCGAUCGCCGCUUUGGCUACUUUGCAAUGCGUCAAUGCUAUUACGCUGCACAGGCGUGAUGAGCCUGCUGUUCUGGGGCUCCCAAUCUCGCGCCACCAAGGGCCUCAGCUGCAGAAGCGUGCUUCGAAGGUUGCCAGCACGAGCCUGUAUAAUGAGCAAAAUAUGUACUACAUGGUGAACAUCACCAUCGGCACCCCGCCUCAAAACCUUUCUUUGAGUCUCGAUACUGGCAGCAGUGACAUCUGGGUGAAUAUCCCCAGCUCCAGUUACUGCUCGACAGACGACGACGUUUGCUCCUCGACCGGCUUGUUCAACAGCAAGGAUUCUUCCACCUUCAAAAAGCUGGACAUCGAGAUGAAUGCCACAUAUGUCAGCGGAACAUUGGCGGUUGGUCCCUAUGCCACCGACCAGCUGGUCAUUGGCGGCGCGACAGUGAAGGACAUGGAGUUUGCCCUGGCCGAAACAAGCGCCAACCCCCACGGUAUCCUCGGAAUCAGCUAUUCAUCAGCCACCUACGCCGCCGCCAACCUCGACAAGGAAUACGACGGACUCGCCGACGCCCUGGUGAAGAGCGGCGCCAUCAAGUCCGCCGCCUACAGCCUGUGGCUCAACAAGCUCGACGGCACAGGCAACCUCCUCUUCGGCGGCGUCAAUAAAGCUCACUACCAAGGCGAGCUGCAGACCGUUCCCAUCGUGCCGGAAUACGGGCAAUACCGCUCGCUCACCAUCGCCCUGAGCGACAUCUCCCUGACGACCGACGCCGGCACCAAGAGCUACACUACCGGCCUCCCGCUCGCCGUCACCCUGGACAACGGCUCCGCGAGCAUCGCCCUGCCCCAGGAGCUCGUCGAGCCGAUCUACAAGGCGCUGGGCGCGGGCUUCUCCACGGAGGACAACGCCGGCUACAUCCCCUGCGACAUGGCCACCUCUGACCACAACCUCACCUUCAGCUUCUCCGGCGCCACGGUCACCAUCCCGCUCCGCGAACUCGUCUUCGAGAACUACAUCACGCCGCACACCCCCAAGGGCGACUGUUUGUUCGGACUCGGGUACAGUGAGGCCGGCGUCAACCUGAUGGGCGACCCGUUCCUACGCGGCGCGUACGUGGUGUACGACCUUGCGAACAACGAGAUUUCCCUUGCGGACGCCAAGUAUGACGGCGUCGACGAUGAGAUUCUGGAGAUCGGGACGGGCAGUGGCUCGGUUCCCGGUGCGACGCUCAUGCCGUCGGCCGUCACGUCGGCAACCGGCAACGGCGCGAAUUUGGCGACUGCGACGGCCGUGCCGAAGGGGACCUCAGGAUCAGGCUCUGGGUCUGGAUCUGAGUCUGGGUCUGGGGUUACGACCGAAGCUGCCACGGCCGGUGGUGCGAGUAGCACCUCGACCUCCAAGGGGAUGGCGGCGUUGGCGACCGGUCACCCCGCCCAUCUGUUGCCUGGCCUCUUGGGUGCGGGCUUGUUGCUCGCAUUGUAAGAUGCUUGUGGCGACUCAGUGAACACGGUCGUGUAGACAGUGUUGCAUGAAUGAUGUAUCUACCUUAAUGAAUGUGUCUGUGUUGAAAAAGACAAAAAACGCGCCAGCUACACCAAACAGCACGCCACUUUGCUUUAUGGUUUGAUUUUGUGAUUAAAUUACAUCUAAAUCUAUUUCCCUCGACGGGGUUUUACACCCUCGUGGUGGUGUGACCGCUCGAAAACAUUGAGAUGUUACAGCAAACACCUGUGGGAAAGCCAACAUGGCCUUAAGUUGGGGCCGACCACCGCCACAACAAUCUGCAUGUACACGCGAUAGCCCCUGAAAAUGCCCUUAAAUAAUUCAAAAAAGAGCAGGAAAGACCAGCUACGGAAGACCAUUGCGGCCACUCGGCAAGAGGAAAAUCUGCCGGCAAAAUUAUCAGCAAAAGAUAAACCCCAAUAACCCUAACAAUAAGGGUUAAUUAAAGAUAGUCCCUAAUAAAGAAC